AUGCAAGUGAAACUUGUCAUCGCUAUUAACAAGAGAGACGAUAUUUCCUAUGAAGAAUUUGACCGGUACUGGUCCGAAGAGCAUCCAAAGCUCUUCCUUAAAGUCCCAGUUUACAAAGACAAGCUGAUAACAUAUUCACAAUUUCACAUUGACAGAUCAAACAAAGAAGAGCUCAAGAAGCUGGGACUACCAGUUGCCUCCUAUGAUGGCCUAGUUACAAUGGUUGUCAAUUCUCUGGAGAAUCUUGUUCAAAUUUUCAAUGAUGAUGAAUAUAAGCGUCUGGUGGCGCCCGAUGAAUCAAAAUUUGUCAAACGCUCGGAAGCACAGGUUAUGAUCGGUUACGAUAUACUCAAGCAUGAUAAUUAUGUGACAUUUCCAGAGGUCUUUAAAUAG